UUUUCUCGCUUUUCUCUCCCCAACCCGCGAAGUUUCCACACCCAGCGACCGCAUCUCUAUCCAUCCACAGCCUCGUGCUCUCUGCCUUUAUUCCAUCAACUCCAUCAACCUCCACCCGCUCUAACACUUAUUCAUCAUGACUGGACGCGGCAAAGGUGGCAAGGGCCUCGGAAAGGGCGGCGCCAAGCGUCAUCGCAAGAUCCUCCGCGACAACAUCCAGGGCAUCACCAAGCCCGCCAUCCGUCGUCUCGCUCGUCGUGGUGGUGUCAAGCGUAUCUCUGCCAUGAUCUACGAAGAGACCCGCGGUGUCCUCAAGACCUUCCUCGAGAGCGUCAUCCGUGAUGCCGUCACCUACACGGAGCACGCCAAGCGCAAGACCGUCACCUCCCUCGACGUCGUCUAUGCCCUCAAGCGCCAGGGCCGCACCCUGUACGGUUUCGGUGGUUAAGCGUUCUCGUCCAUCGCUACGUCCGUCCGGCACUGCACUGCACCUCGGACGGCUGGUGUCUGGCUUUCUGUUCAUCUCUCGGCAACUCAUCAUGCAUGGCGACUUGCAGUGAUCAGCCUCCGGCAGCGUUUGCUGACUAGGCUGGCUUGCUGACAUGCUGACCUUGGUUGUCUGUGUUUCUUCUUCAUGGCUGGGAUUAGGGAGAAUCUGGGCUGGCGUUAUGCGGAUCAUGUCUUAUGUCAUGAGCUUUGAUGAUCUCAUGAUUUCGGUGCGAAUGCUGCCUGCGAGAGCGGGUAUUCCGGCGG